UUUACUCUUAAAUGUUAUUUUUUAUUCACAUGCUAAUUGCUCAGUGCUCUAUUAUGGUACUUGCAUUGACUAUAAUUGUUUUCCCCUUCAGUUUACUUACAUUGACUAUUGUUCUGGCAGGCUUCAACAACAACAACACAGUGGGCUCAGGAAGCAAUCUCACGGGCAGCAAGUCUCGAUGGAAUGACCCACCUCUCAUCCCCAAUCCAGAUACAGGACAAGAUGACAUGAGCUGGUGCGGAGGGGGAGCGUCAGCAGCUGUGGGAGCCCCCGGUGAUGCCCCACAGUCUCCCAACAACUCGGCAACGUCAUCCAGGUCCUCAGGCUGCGACUCCAACACCGAAGAGCCGUGCCAGCCUCAUCCAGGCAUGAGAGAUGUUGGAGUAUGGCUCAAGUCCCUGCGUUUGCACAAAUACUCUCCACUGUUAUGCAACCUCACCUACGAAGAGCUGCUGGCCCUAGAUGAAGCUACCCUGGAGAGCCAAGGGGUGACUAAGGGGGCUCGACAUAAAAUUGUCUUGUCCAUCGCCAAGCUAAAAGAACGUCACAAGCAGCUUGUCCAAAUCGAGAAGGAAGUGAUGAAUGGCGGCAACCUCUUCUGCUGCCUCAACGACCUCAAGUCCAUCAUCCUCACCCCCUUCCCCCCCUACACUCCUCCCACCGACAAAGGGCAGCCACCUCCCCCACCUCAUUCCCAGUCCACUCCCCGCCCGAGCCCUGCCACUUCCUCCACGUCCUCCCUGUCUUCCUCCCUGCCUCCUGCCUCAUCCUCUUCUUCCUCUUCUUCCACACCUACCUCCACCUCCACCUUCUCCUCCAUAUCCUCCUCCUGCUCUUCCUCCAUUACCACAACUACCACCACCUCAUCUGCAUCCUCGCUACCCACUUCCUCCUCCUCCUCGGCAUGUUCGCUGAGAGGGGACGAGAGAGAGGCCUUGAAGGAGGAGCAGGGUGAGGCUUCCAGGCCAGCCGUUGAGGGAGACGGAGGCAGCUCCAUCCCUGAGGAUGACCUGCCUUCCCAGUUCACCAGGGUCAUGGGGAAAGUGUGCACGCAGUUACUGGUCAGUGUUAGGCCGGAGGACGAGUGCGUGACGGCAUUCCUAGGUCUGGUGGAAAAGUGCGUGAACCAUGAGGCAUUCACACUGGCACAGACGAGACGGCUUCAGUCAUGGAAGCAGCAGAUCAUCCGCGUGUGGCACCCUCUGCCUCCCAAGACCAAGGACAGCCGCCACACCCGUCGGUGGAGUCAGCAGUAUGGAGGUGAUGGGUUCAUUGGUGGUUCCUUCAGAGUCCCUCGAGUUGGUGGGCAGCGGCACUCGCACAUCCCCGCAGGACUUCUCAUGGGCGGCAAGGGCUUCCCCGCGCCGCAGCCACACCCGCUCUUCCCGCUUCCUCCUGCUGCCGCUGCUGCUGCUGCUGCGAGUCUCGGAGGCCUCAUGAGUCCUCGGAAUAGCCUGCCAGGCUUGCCCUCACUUGGUGUUGGUGGCCUGCUGUCUCCACAACAGUUCCUUGCCAAACGACCUUCACUGCAGGAGACCCCUUCUGAGCAGUUGCGGCCCCACAUCACGCUGCAGAGGACCCGCUCGGCCCCGUCCCGUCCCCACCAGUUACCUCUGAGCGGCCAUGCGCGCUCCGUGCCCCCGCCCAGCACGAGCCUCGCCCCCGGCACCACUGCGUGCAGUGACCUCCGCCUAUCAGGAGCCUCAGGGACUUCAGGGACGGUCCUCGAGCAGCACUUCUCCCCGGCGACAUCCUACUCACACCUCGGGCCCCCUCCAUCGUCGCCGGACCCAGCAGACAAUGAUAUCACGGACCGCCUUGAGUCACUCUGUCUCUCUGUCACAGAGCAUGCUCUGGGCUAAGUGCAAAUCUUGUUACAACCAAGGAAUUCACCAUCCACAAAUGCUAUGUGACUGGGAAUCUUUUAUAGGUGGAUUAUUCGGAAAAUGUAUUCUCUUCGCAUUUGUGUAUUUUUGUGACACGUCUACACACACAACACGUACAGUUGCUCAUUUACACCUUUACACAAGCAUAUACAUAAAUGUGCACACACACAUACACAGAUAUGCAAUAUGAACAUACACAUGUACUCAUGCACACAUGCUCACACCAGCACACUAGUCUCACACUCAUAUUAGUAUGAUGAUACAUUCAAACACAUACACAAACAAAGUUAUUUUUAUUUAAUGCUGGAGAGAUGUUCUAAUUACUGUAAGAGAAAAGUAUGAUAUUCAGUCGUUUUGAAGUACAUUGUUGAGCAGUGAAUUUACUUUUCUCUGAGAAACACUGACAAGAGAAAACAAAAUUUGGAAUUUGAAAUCAGGUUUGAUUAUAGAGUGACAUUGAAUUUAUGUGUUAUGUUGAGUUACCAAAUGAAAACUAAGGGCCAAUUAUUAAUUACCUUGUUCUUGAGUUCUGUAGUUGCAAUGAAUAUUUUACACAUUAAAAAAAAGAACACUGGGAUAUCUUUAUAGUUUCUUUAAAGAAGACUAUAAGACAGUGUCAAAAUUUGAGGCACUGUGAUCAUUUUUAUGGCUUUAGUUUUGAGUGCAAAUAAGUAAUAUGAGAAGAUAUUAUUUUUACGAAAUUUUUGCAGGAAAACGACUGUACUUCAGCUGACUCUGGAAGAAAAUGUACUCUUGUUUUUCUUUGUGGAUGGUGAAUCGAAUUUAUAUUUUUAUUUGGAAAUUUAAAAAAAACAAAAUACAAAACAAACCACGAAUAAUUUAUUGUUGGGAAACCAUGUAUAAUGUGCCUGCUGUUCUGUUAGGUCACUGGGGAGACGUUUAAUAAUAAGAAUAUCCUUUGCUGUGCAGGGAUGCCUCCGCCAAGCUGUGCUCGGCCGGGGGUUUAGUUACCUCCUCAGUGGGUGGAAGACAGGUAGCCUUUUUGUUUUUUUCUUCUUUUUUUUUUUCUUUUUUUUUCUUUUUUGUUUUUUGCUUUGGUAAUUCUUCUUCAGGAAAAAUAAGUGUCAAAGAAGAAGAAAAGGGGUAAAUCAUUCACUCCUACUGCCCUUUUUUCCCCAUCCCACUUCCUUCUGUCCUUUCUUCUUCCUUCCUUCCUCCUUCCUGUUUCCUCCAUGCAUAUCCCUUUGUCCCCUUCCCAUCACCCCCUUCCAUUUCCCCCUUCCCCUUCCACCCCCUUC